CCACCGACCGAUCGUCCUGUCAGUUGCGCUAGUAAACUGGGCCGGUGCGGACGUUGCGGUCCGAUUCGAGACCCCCGGGUAGGAGUGCAGUAAAGGUGCGUGUGAGAACUUGAAAUUCCUAGCCAUGAUCGUAUCAGCGUUACUGUUGAUCGUUUUGCUUUCGGGAGCUCCACAUGCGAGCGCCUACCAGGUGCGAAAGGAGAUCACUUUUAACUGGAUACGUGACAGUAGGAACGUGGUUCGAAAUCAAACUGCUAUACUCCUGCAAAACGAUGGCUACGCAUCGGACCGGCUGAAAGUGCGUACAGCAGACGGUUAUCUGCUGACGGUGUAUCGUAUGCAGCCCAAGAAGUCACGGCUCGGUGCGGUCCUGUUACACCACGGUAUACGCCAGUCCAGUGACAUGUGGACGGUUCUCGGCCCCAAGCGAUCCCUGGCCUAUCAACUGUACGAAGCUGGAUAUGAUGUGUGGUUAAGCAAUUCGCGCGCUUCACCGGAAACCGACGGACACGAGCGGCUCGAUCGGGACAGUGAUCACUAUUGGGACUUUAGCUUCCACGAGAUCGGUACCGAGGAUCUGUCGGCAGUGAUCGAUCACAUACUGGCGGCGACCGGCCGUAAGACGCUACAUUUUGUCGGAUAUUCGGAGGCCGGCUCAGCGGUACUCGCUCUCCUGUCCGAGCUACCCGAGUACAAUAGGAAGAUGGCCAGUGUGGAACUGCUCGCACCACCGGCCUUCAUGCAGUACGGCCAAUUUUCCUGGAUAGCGCGUAUGGUGGAACCGUUCCGGAAGCUUUUCCCCUGGAGCGUUUACUACACGCGCGAUGCGCUGCCGACCCAGAUCUGUACACUUUUCCGCAACGAAUGCUGUUCACUGUUCGGACAGAUGAAUGACAAUGGCAACGGCACACGGACGCAACGCUCGCCGGGACCGGCGAAUCGCCCACGGGACGGAUGCUUCGAUCUGGAGGAUGUCUCCCUGAAGCAGCUCGAACACUACCGUCAAAUCAUCGCCAGCGGACGAUUCCAGCAAUUCAAUUACGGCUACUCGGCGAACCUGCAUCGCUACAAGCGAGAUCCACCACCAGAUUACUGUCUGUGGGAUGUGACGGCCCGGAUUUCGCUGCACUACGGCAACAAGGAUAAAACCGUUGACUGGCGUGGCGUUGAAAUGCUUGCCCGAAAGCUACCAAAAGUGGCGGAACUGCAAAAGACACUGUACAAAGGGUUCAACCAUCGGGACUUCUACCGCAACCCUAGGGCACAGGAAACGGUUUACGCAAACGUUUUAAAGUCGAUCAAACGUCACACGGUGGUGGCGACGUUGCAAUAAAUCUAUAAUUUUUUGAACCGAAAA